GCGUUGGACGUCAACGAUCACGUGACCAAGGCAAAUCAAGCACAUUGCUUUAGUAAACACUGCUUCUAGUUGUUCAACACAACCCCAAAGCUUUAUUGUUCAAUCACUAGCAGUUACAUUUAACUUUAUUUUCGUACGCCAUAAAUCCUUUUAAAAGCAUGGCGCAUCAACGGGGAGUCAACAGUCUGCAGUUCAAUCAAGACCAAAAACACACACACAACUGGAUCAGGGUACCCAUGCUGACACCUGAACACCACUGAUAGAACCUACAAUGUAAGUAUCAGUAAUGAAUCAUGUUUUCUUUUACAUCAUGUUGAUGGCUGAGUACCUGUAACCUGUGGCAUCAGGAUAUACUUUUGGAAGAAGGCAAACCAGCAGAGCUGGUGUGAUGCUCUUAGCAGCGUUUUUGUUGUGAAAACAUUUUAUUUUGACACAUAUCACCUACCUAAACAUUGUUGCAGACCAUGGCAACAGUAUUCCCAGUGAAGCAGUGGCUUCAUUCAACAGGAUAAUGACUCCUGCCACACUGCAGAAAUUUUUCAGGACUGGUUUGAGGAACAUGACAGAGUUUAAGGUAUUGUCUUCUAAAUUCCCCAGAUGUCAACAUGACCAAGCUUCUUGGUAAGGUUAACCUGAACAGUAGAUGAACAGCGAGUUCCUUUCUUCUAUUUGGUGUUGAAUCAUUUUAAUAAAAACUCAGUGUAAUGAAUGAUCGAUGCCUUUCCUCUUUCAUGUUUUAUGAGUAGUGUUUUGUUCUGUUGCACAGGAGUACAAAUAAACUGUGAAACCUUUUAGUCUAGCCUGUGUCUUUUGGAUGGUUGCAUCUCAUUUCCUGUCACAUCCAGUUUCUGACAAUUCAUUAAGAAUAAUCUGAUAUGUUCAAACACCAAGCAAAAUUAACAUUACUUCCCAGGGGUGUAUUAUUUGUUUUGUUACAGCAUAGCUUGGAUGUGUGGGAGAAAUCUGCUAAAAAUAUAAAAAUUUCUUUAGGCAAUUUCUUGUACUUUGCUUGCAAGCUCAUUAUAUUGUUUUUCCUUUCUUACUGUUAAAUGAGUUUUUUUAUAGGCCAAAUAUGUGCAAAUGUGCUUUUGUAAUGUUAUUCCUUGUUAGGUUGUUUCUGUUGUGCCAUGGAGACUGGAGUUCGAAUUUACAAUGUGGAACCCCUAAUGGAAAAAGGACACCUAGACCAUGAACAGGUUGGCAGCAUUAAUCAUUGUUCAAUGCUACAUCGGUCAAACCUCUUGGCUGUGGUGGGUGGUGGUGUUAACCCCAAGUUUUCAGAGAUAUCUGUGUUAAUCUGGGAUGAUGCUCGAGAGGUCAGAGAUGCCAAGGAUAAAUUAGUCCUAGAGUUCACAUUCACAAAGCCAGUUUUGGCAGUGCGCAUGAGGCACGACAAAAUCAUCAUUGUCUUGAAGAACAGGAUAUAUGUAUAUAGUUUCCCAGUCAACCCUGUGAAACUCUUUGAAUUUGACACUCGAGAUAAUCCAAAAGGACUAUGCAAUGUGUGUCCCAGUAUGGAAAAGCAAUUAUUGGUUUUCCCUGGACACAAGUGUGGUAGUUUACAGUUGGUGGAACUUUCUAACACAAAACCUGGUACAUCAUCUGCACCAUUCACUAUCAAUGCUCAUCAGAGUGAAAUAGCUUGUUUGGCUUUGAACCAGCCUGGCAGUGUGGUAGCCUCUGCAUCACAGAAGGGUACUUUGAUUCGUCUCUUUGACACUACUACAAGGGAUAAACUAGUGGAGCUACGAAGAGGAACUGAUCCUGCCACAUUAUAUUGCAUCAACUUCAGCCAUGACUCAUCCUUCCUGUGUGCUUCAAGUGACAAAGGCACUGUUCACAUUUUUGCACUGAAGGAUACAAGACUGAAUCGACGCUCUGCUUUGGCUCGGGUGGGAAAAGUCGGACCAGUCAUUGGACAAUAUGUAGACAGUCAGUGGUCUUUGGCCAGUUUUACUGUGCCAGCUGAAUGUGCUUGCAUUUGUGCCUUUGGGAAGAACACUUCCAAAAAUGUCAACUCUGUCAUUGCUAUAUGUGUUGACGGAACAUUCCAUAAAUAUGUCUUCACCUACGAUGGAAACUGUAAUCGGGAGGCUUUUGAUGUCUAUCUUGACAUCUGUGAUGAUGAUGAUUUCUAAGGAUGAAGUUUCAAUUCAAAUCUUUAAGAGUUUAUAUGAAAAAGGGGGAAAUGGGCUUUAAGUUUAAGUACACUUGUGGAUUCAAAUUUCACAUCUGUUUAGUCUAGCCAGUAUUCAAGGGGAAUACAAUUCAAGCGGAAAAUGAAAUAUUGCAACCUGGCUGCAUAAGUGUGCACAUUAUUUUAUACUAGGGCAGUGUUCAGAAUUAACCGUCGAAAUUGUGUUCAAAAGUAAAUAUCAUACACCUGUCAUCAAAAAAGUUAUUCUGAUUAAACCGUGAAAAUCAA